AUUUAAUAUGAGAAGGUAAUACCUUAGAUUUUUUUUCACUAUGGGCACAUCCUAGAAAUUCAUUCACUAGAUGAGAAUUCCAAGUUAUUAGUUUUCUCAAACCACUUAAACAAACGACUAUAGGGAAAUUUUAAAUUAACUUAACCAAUUACAUAAAGAAAAAUAAUAAGAUCAUAAAUGUAAAUGAUUGAUUUAAUAUGAAAGAGAUAUCAAGCUUACUUUAGCAAUUAAAGCCAUAUUUGCCUUAAUUUGAAAAUCCAGAAAUUAGAGAAUUGGUAUCCAUCACCUUUGCUUAGUAAAUAAAUGAUGAAAAUUAUGCACAAAAAGUAUUUGAUAGAACAACCCAAUUGUACUUAGAAUAGUAAUAUAAACAAUAUAAUCAAUUAGAUAAGCCUCCUUAACAGAAACCCUAGACAUCUUAUCCGUAUUGGUCUCAGGAAAGUACUCAAAAGAAUUUUAUUAAUAAUCAUUCAAUUUUGUAGCCGCAGUUUCACAGGCACCUGAUUUAACUGCAUCACAAAUUGGAUUGACCAUCUUCAUCUAUGGACAAGUUUCAUAGCACACUAAAUCCACCAACAAGGAAGUAGAAAAGUCUCUGCUUUUGAAUUUCAAAUAAAACAUAGAUUAAUUCAGGUCAAAUGAUCUGAAGCAUUUUGCCUUUGGUUUGAUACUGGCUAGGAUUCAAAGGAAGGAUAUCUUCGAUUUAUUAGAAAAACAAAGCUUAGUGACAGAGAUGGAAUUUUAAGAUUUAAUCAGGUAAAUACCUAGUAUUCUAAAUUUAGAGUUGGUACGGGAAUAGCUUUAUUUGGUAAUGGAUCACCUGAAUUUUGGAAACUAUUGGAAGAACAAGCUAUAAAGAACAUCCCUACAACCGAGGCUUAAAAUAUUACAAAUUUGUUUAUGUUGUAUAAGCAAUUUGGACAUGGAACACAAGAGAUUUUUAAACUUUUUGAAUAGUAAUUCAUUUAGAGAUAUGACCAAUUCAACAGCCUAAUGAAGUUGCAAAUGUUUUCAAGCUUUGCUAAGAUCAGAUACCCAUCUUCCUCCAUUUUUAAACUCUUUUUCAGGGAUAUUGUUGGAAUCAUUUAGAGUGUUAAUAUUACAUCAGUCUAAAUGUUGAUUUUCGAUUGUUAGAAAGUAAGAAUAUGAAUCAAUGUGAUUUUAGAUCUUCCCCCAAUUUCCCAAACAAGUUCAACAAUUCUUUAUCAAUUUCAUCAUCAAAAAUUAUAAAAAGUUCCAUCCAGUCAUUAAGUCAAAACUCUAUGAUUCAUUUUAAGAAUAACAAUUAUUGACAGAGGAAUUAGAAGUUGCAUUAUUAAAAAAAAAAUGA